AUGUGUAUUACAUUUAUAUUCAUUAGUGAUGAUCUGUGUUCGAAGUACAAACUGAUUAUUCUGAACAAUCGCGACGAGAAUCUCGACAGGCCGACACUGGAGUUGGACUGGCGUGAUGGCGUACUCAGCGGCAUCGAUCUCCAGGAUGCAACCAGAGGCACCUGGUUCGGUAUGAAUAAAUCUGGUAGAAUUGGCAUUCUUCUAUCUAUCACACAAUCCGCUGAGAUGAAAAAGAAGAAUUGUCCUAGCAGAGGCGCAAUUACAAAUGAUUUCUUGAAACGUUCGAGUCCAUGUGAUGAAUUUUUCAAUGAACUGGCCGACAAAGCGAGAGAAUACAACGGGUUUCAAUUUUUAGGCCUAGAAAGAGACGGCUGUGAAUCCUACAGAAUGUAUUCAUUAUGCAGUAUGCUUGUAGAUCCUGUCGAACCACGAAUGUGGCCUCCAGGCACUUAUGUAUGGAGUAAUAGUCCUCCUGAAAAGCCGUUUCGUAAAGUGACUGAGGGUAAAAAACUGUUUGAGAAGUUCGUCGCUUCGUUGGACAAUGAACUUGAAGUGCAAGAAAUAAUUGAAAAACUUUUGAAAAUUGCUACCGACAAGACAAAACAUUGUCCAGAUCCACAGAUCGAACAACAGACGGGCUUACCAGAAGAACAUUAUCGAAACUUAUGUUCGAUUAUGGUGAAGUUCCCACCAAAUGUCCUUCGCUACGGAACAAGAUCGCACAGUAUUUUGAUUGUGGAUCGCAACGAUAAUGCUACAUUCUACGAGAAGAGGAUAGCUAGCAUGCCUCAAAAUAAUGGAGAGGCAGAGUGGGUAGAUAAGACCGUUACGCUCAAAUUGAAUCCUCUCUAA